AUGACGUCUCGCGCGAAUCUCAUCGCCCGCGCCGUCAUUAGCCAAUUCGAGAAGCUCCCAUCUAAGCGUAAGCCCUGUGUUCGAGACAAUGGCCUCCACGAAUGGGUACCCCUGAGCGGUAUCGUUGCCGAGAAGAAUGGGGACUUGACUUGUUUGGCAUUGGCAACGGGCAUGAAAUGUCUCCCAGCAUCAAAACUUGCCGAAGCAAAAGGCGUGGCUAUUCACGACUGGCAUGCUGAAGUUUUAGCCAUCCGAACUCUAAAUCGCUAUCUACUAGAUGAGUGUCAGAGCAUCGUUGAUGGCGACCAUGAUGGCUUUGGAGCGAUUCUUUUCAAGAAUGAAGACAGAAAUGAAGAGUAUACGACACCCUUCCGAGUAAGGGAUGAUGUGAAACUUCACAUGUAUUGCUCCGAAGCUCCUUGUGGAGAUGCUAGCAUGGAGCUCAUCAUGGCCGCUCAAGAAGACGAUUCUCCGUGGCAGCUCCCUUCCUCUACACCAGCUGAUACACAACAAAUCCCCCUUGAAGCUGAAACAGCACUUCCGGGGCGAGCCUACUUCUCUAAGCUCGGCAUUGUGCGUCGCAAACCUGCCCGUGGAGACGCUCCACCAACGCUAUCGAAAUCGUGCUCUGACAAGAUUGCCUUGAAGCAAUGCACCUCGCUGCUCUCGUCUUUGACGUCACUGCUGGUCAAUCCAGCCAACGCUUACAUCGACACGCUUGUCCUACCAGAGUCCCAGUACUCUACCGUCGCGUGUGAGCGAGCCUUUUCCGGCACCGGUCGAAUGAAAUCCCUUGUCGGCAAGCAAUGGAAUGAGGGAUAUGCUUUUAAAGCAUUCAAGGUUGAGGCUACGACGGUGGAAUUUGAGUUCUCGAAAAGGGCCGUUCAAACUCGCUCGAGCACCAUCUCGGCAAGCAAUCUUGCGGCUACGUGGUCGGCUUCCGAGUUUGAGGAGACGAUUUUGGGAGGUGUGCUUCAGGGAAGGAAGCAAUUCGAUCUUAGAGGCGCUAGCAAGACGUCCAGAAGGCAGAUGUGGAUUAUGGCAAAACAACUGUCUGAUAAGCUGUCUGCUAUAGAUGAUGGAGAGCAUUCGAGACUUCAAGAGCACAUUUCGUCAGCCGGCACUUACCAGGACGUCAAAGAUGGGCCACUAUUAGCGGAGCGGAGGCAUGUCAAAUCUCAAGUUCGGCAGUUUUCCCUCAAAGGGUGGGUUCAAAACCAAGGAGACUCGGGGUUUGAGAUGUAG